CGACAAUAAGCGCUGGACCGAAGAGGAACACGGGGAGCCUCGACGGACAGCUGUGACGCAACAUCCGUUAUUAUCAGCGCUACGUUUGUGUCAUUGAACAACAUGGGGUCAUAGUGUUAUUACCAUUCUAAACACGUUUAGCACUUUCAAGUUCAACAUCAGCUGCGCGCGCCAUGGUAUAUGAGGAGUCGGAGUGACUUUUCCCCAGAACAAUAAUGGCCACGUACUCUCGGCUCCCGGGAUCCGUUGCUCUGAUAACGCUUCAGAAUCCACCUGUCAACGCGCUCAGUGCAGCGGUGCGACAGGGCAUAGUAGAUACGGUGCAGAGGGCCCUGAAGGACCCACAGGUGACAUCUGUAGUGAUCUGUGGACAGAAUGGGAAGUUCUGUGGAGGGGCGGACAUCAGGGAGUUUGCGGGGCAGAUGUUGGGGCCCCCCCUGGUGCCCAUGAUCCAUGCUAUUGAGGCUGUGGACAAGCCUGUGGCCGCAGCCAUCGAGGGAGUAGCACUGGGAGGAGGACUGGAGUUAGCACUGGGCUGCCACUAUCGCAUUGCACACUCCAAGGCCCUUCUGGGACUUCCAGAGGUGACCCUGGGUCUGCUGCCAGGCGCAGGGGGGUCACAACGUCUACCCAGACUCAUAGGGUUAACAGCCGCCCUGGACCUCAUCACUACAGGUCGCCAUAUCUCUGCUGCGGAGGCCCUGAAGCUGGGGAUCCUAGAUCAGGUUACCGAUAACAACGUUGUGGACCAGGCCGUGGAGUUCGUCCGGAGCGUUGCAGGCCAGCCCCUGGACUCCCGUCGUCUGAGCACCCUGCCGUGCCCCUGCCCCCCAGACGUUGACUCCCUCUUGGACAAAGCCAUGGUCAAGGUCCGGCAGCGCUCCCGAGGUGCCCUGGCUCCGGUGGCCUGUGUUCAGGCUCUGAUGGCGGCUGCCUCCCUACCUUACACCCAGGGUAUGGAGAAGGAGAGGGACCUGCUGACCACCCUGUUCAACAGCGGCCAGGCCCGAGCUCUGCAGUAUGCCUUCUUCUCCCAGAGGGUGGUGGGGAAGUGGAGUCUGCCUAGUGGGGCGAGCUGGGACAACAGCGCUGCCAGAACCAUCAGCAAAGCUGCUGUUAUUGGUCUGGGUACCAUGGGGCGUGGCAUCGUUGUGGCACUGGCUCUGACGGGCAUCUCUGUGGUUGCCGUGGAGACCCAAGAGAAGCAGCUGGCAGAGGCCAGUCAGGCGGUUCCGGCGAUGCUGCAGAGAGAGGCGGGGCGGCGAGGCUUGGCCACACCCCCAGGGGUUAUCUCCUUCAGCUCUAACUUGCAGGACGUUCGUGAGGUGGAGUUGGUGAUCGAGGCGGUGUUUGAGGACAUGUCCCUGAAGCUGCAGGUGUUUAGGCAUCUGACCUCUGUGUGUAGACCUGGGACCCUGCUCUGCUCCAACACCUCUGGCUUGGACAUCGACCAGCUCGCUGCCGUCACCCAGAGCCCUGGCCUGGUGGUGGGGAUGCACUUCUUUGCUCCGGCCCACGUCAUGAAGCUGCUGGAGGUGGUGUAUGGUCCGCGGUCAUCUCCGGAGGCGGUCGCCACGGCAAUGCAGCUGGGCAAGAGGAUGGGGAAAGUCAGCGUCGCCGUGGGCAACUGUCCGGGGUUUGUGGGUAACCGGAUGUUGAAGCCGUACCUGGAACAGGCCAACUUCCUGUUGGAGGAAGGAGCCACGCCCCAGCAGGUGGACGAGGCGCUGGAGGAGUUUGGCUUCCCCAUGGGCGUGUUCCGGAUGUCUGACCUAUCAGGGCUGGAUGUGGGCUGGAGGAUCAGGAAGGAGGCGGGGCUUACAGGGCCAGGGGUGGAGUCAACCAGGACACGCCAGGGCCGACGGUACAGCCCGCUACCUGACCAGGUGUGCGAGGCAGGCCGGCUGGGCCAGAAGACGGGGAGGGGAUGGUACCAGUAUGACGGGCCUGGAGGCAGGGUGGCGCGGUCCGACCCCUGGGUGCACAUCUUCCUGGAGGCUUACAGGGCGGAGCACGGCCUGGUGGCCCGGAGCAUCGCCCCGGAGGAGAUCCUAGAACGCUGUCUCUACGCUCUGAUCAAUGAAGGCUUCAACAUCCUGCAGGAUGCCAUGGCCGCCGGACCGGAAGACAUCGACACCAUCUAUGUGUUUGGGUACGGCUGGCCCCGGCACCACGGGGGACCCAUGUUCCAUGCAGGCCAGGUGGGAUUGGGCAGGAUCCUGGAGAGGCUGCAGCACCACCACCACAACCACCCUGACGUGCCUCAUCUGAAGCCCAGUACGCUGCUGCGGAGGCUGGUCGCAGUGGGAAGUCCUCCGGUCCAGAAGUGGAGAGAGUUCAUCAACAAAGAAAGAGUCCACAGUCAGCUCUGAGAUGCCCCAGUAUCACCUGUCAAUGCAACCCUGUGAUUGAAUAAUAAAGUCUCACAUUAAGAGAUACGCCCAGGGAUUUCUAAGGUGAUUUCUAGGGUGAUUUCUAGGGUGAUUUCUAGGGUGAUUUCUAGGGUGAUUUCUCGGGGGAUUUCUAGGGUGAUUUCUCGGGGGAUUUCUAGGGUGAUUUCUCGGGGUAUUUCUAGGGUAUCAGUGCCUUCCCCCAUCAAGUAUCUUAGGAAAUGUGAUCUACUGUAAUAAAUACAUUUUCUAUAAUACAUUUUCUCGUGCUUUCAAAAUAAUCCCCACUGACACGUUUAUGGAGGGUAGGUUUUGUAUUGUGUUUAAUUGGGGUAAAUUGGCUUAGAUUUAGCUGAACAGAGAAUUGGGUAUUUUGACAAGUCAUACUCAUAACUUAAUAGCGUUUUCCACAUCAGUGGGGUUUAGCCUUUGGCUGUUGGCAUUUCAUUCACCCUCCUGUCAAAACUAAUUAACCAUUAUUCUGCCUUUACCGGGGUGGAGAGAGGUCCUGAUGCAGACUGAAUCUGCAACCAGGCCCAUGUCUCUUAGCCGUGGAGAACCAGCCUGAUCGCUGGCUCAAUUCAAUCAAAACCUGUGUUAGCUCUUUUUCCAAUGGUCAAAUGAACUCAGACUGGUCUUAGGCACUGUGUAAAAACCUACAACUACUACCAGGGCGACCCCACCCCACAACAGGUAUGCUUUCACUUUACAGAAUUACAAGUGUGUGCGAUGAAUAUUGUAAAUAAAGACAUUGCUAUGGCUGGUU